UGUGAAUUUCGUGACCAGCGGAACUGGUAUUUAAGUGCAUUCGCAGGUUCAUCCGGUUCCAGUCGCAGCGGCAGCCGCAGUGUCACGCCGCAAGGAGGCAGUGCACCCGGGUCCCCUCACAGCCGUAAAUCGGGCAGUGGCAGCGAUCGAUCCCGCUCGGGCUCCAGAUCUUCCCGCUCGCGCUCCGGCUCAGGUUCUCCUCGAAGUGCCAGGUCAGGAUCAGCUCAAAGCCGCCAAAGCCAGCGGUCGGGCUCGGCUCGUAGUAAGCGUUCAGGAUCUGCUCGCAGUCGCAGAUCGGGAUCUGCCCGCAGCCGAAAAUCGGGGUCGCCAGGAUCGCCCCAGAGUCACAGGUCCGGAUCGCCACAAAGUCACAAGUCGGGAUCCCCUCAAAGUCGUAGAUCAGGAUCCGCACAUAGCCGCAGAUCCGGCUCCCCCCAAAGUCGCAAGUCUGGAUCUCCCCAAAGCCGUAGGUCCGGCUCUCCGCAAAGUCGCAGAUCAGGAUCCCCUCGCAGCCAAAGAUCGGGAUCCGCUCGCAGUCGCAAAUCCGGCUCGGCACACAGCGCCAGGUCUCGAUCGCGCUCCCGCAGUGGCACACACAAGGGCAGUGGCAACGAGGAGUCCCGCUCUAAUUCGCCCAAUCUGCAGAUUGACGAUGAGCGCGCCAACUCCAAGAGCGGCAGUCGCAGCAGAAGUAGGAGCAGGAGUGGCAGUCGCACAUCCAGGUCACGCUCGAGGACGGGCACUCCCUCGCCCAACAGGAGUCGCAGCCGCAGUGGAUCCGGUUCCGGCAGCGACAUUGGUGUGCCCAAGAAAAAGGCGCGCAAAGCGAGUGGUUCCGAUCAGGAAAAGAACAAGAGCGGCAGCGAUAGCGACAUAGAAUCGCCCACCAAGGCCAAGAAAUCCAGGCUGAUCGACUCAGACAGCGAGUCCGAUCAAGAGGCAAAGAAAGCCCCUGCAGCAGCUGACAUCUUCGGAGAUGCCGAUGAUAUUAGUGACGACGAGGAAGAGGCAGGGCCUUCCCAGUCCAAAUCUCCAGCUCGGUCUAAGAGUCGCAGUCGAAGUAGGUCCCGAUCCCGAAGUCGUUCGAUGAGCCGCUCGCGUUCCCGGUCGAGGUCCCGGUCCCGGGAUAGACUCGAGUCCCAGGCGGAGCAGGCGCCCAAGGAAGACGAACCUGAGCCGCUGCCCGAGACGCGAAUCGAUGUGGAGAUUCCGCGCAUUUCUGCGGACCUUGGAAAAGAGCAACACUUCAUAAAGCUUCCCAACUUUUUGUCAGUGGUCACUCAUCCUUUCGAUCCAGAGACCUACGAAGAUGAGAUAGAUGAGGAGGAAACCAUGGACGAGGAGGGAAGACAGCGUAUUAAGCUCAAGGUGAGCAACACGAUCCGCUGGCGUGAGUUCAUGGACAACAAGGGCGACAUGGUGCGCGAGUCGAAUGCGCGAUUCGUGCGAUGGUCGGACGGCAGCAUGUCUCUUCACCUGGGCAACGAGAUCUUCGAUGCCUACAGACAGCCGCUUCUGGGAGACCACAACCAUCUGUUCAUCCGCCAGGGCACUGGUCUGCAGGGCCAAUCGGUGUUCAGGACUAAGCUCACUUUCCGUCCACAUUCCACGGAAUCGUUCACGCACAAAAAGAUGACCAUGUCGUUGGCCGACCGUUCCAGCAAGACCAGUGGCAUCAAGAUCCUGACACAGGUCGGAAAGGAUCCCACCACGGAUAGGCCCACGCAGCUCAAAGAGGAGGAGGCCAAGCUACGCCAAGCUAUGCGCAACCAACACAAGGCGCAGCCCAAGAAGAAGAAAUCGGGUGCCGGCGAACCACUCAUCGGAGGCGGCACCUCGUCCUACCAGCACGACGAUGGCAGCGAUGAUGAAAAUGCCAUUAGUUUGAGCGCCAUUAAGAAUAGGUACAAGAAGGGCUCCGGUGGCGGCCAGGCGGAGGUUAAGGCGUCCACGAUCUACUCCUCGGACGAGGACGAGGGCUCCGACUUCGAGGCGCGUCGCAGCAAGAAGGUGGACAAGGCCAAGGCCAGCAAGGCAUUGCGCGACUCCGACAGCGAGUCUGAUGCCGGCAGCGCCAAGAGCGGCAAGAGUGGCAAGAGCGGCGGAGGGGGCAGCGGCAGCGGUAGCGGUAGCGAUAACGAGGGCAGCCAAAAGAGCGGCGGAGGCAGCAGCAAGUCGGACAGUGGAAGCGGAAGUGGUUCUGGCUCUGGCAGUGGAUCGGGAAGUGAAAACGAUAAUUAAGUUGGUGAAGUUUGCUUGUGCUCCUUGAUUCGACCAAUAAAGGAAAUUUAUAAUGUUUA